AUGUCGUCACCCGCUAUGGGUCCCAGUCGUGAUGGGGAGGCCGACGAUACCAACCUGAACUACCCGUCACCAGGAGCUGAAGCCAUGGACACCGGCCCUUUCUACAAUGGCAACGGUCGAGACGACACGCAAGAGCACCACGACCAUACAGGCCACCAUGCUGACGGUCAUAUGCACGAUGGCGAUGACCAUGGCCAUCUCCAUACAGAGGAAGAUUCGCAACAUGCGUCGCGGCCUGCCAACUUGGAAGAGCUACAGCUUGCAGCACAGCUGGGCCAGGGACUAGCUGGCGCGGGACUCCUAUCAGCGACGGAUCCAAACAUGAGCGUCGAUGACAGCAACAUGCGCAGCAUCAUGCCGCACCCUGACUCGGACAACCAUGGCACCCCCAACUAUGUGCAUGAUACCCCUACUUCGGACCACAUGGUCCAGCACAACAUGCAGGUGGCUAUCGGUCCGCCCAUGGGCCAGUACAAUAUGGGAGAUGGAGGAGUUCCACCACGAAAACGAUCCAAAGUCUCGCGUGCUUGCGACGAGUGCCGACGGAAAAAGAUCAAGUGCGAUGCCCAGUCCGACACUGGCGACGCGCCGUGCUCCAGCUGCGCGCGGUCUUCAAUUCGCUGCCUCUUCAGUCGCGUGCCGCAAAAACGAGGUCCCAGCAAAGGUUAUAUCAAAGAGCUCGCGGACCGAAUUAACAGCAUCGAGAGCAAGCUCGAGUCCGACGGUGGCAUGUCGCAAGACGAAAUCGACAAGCUCUUUAGCGCGGAGCGUCAUCGCGGCCCUAAUGGCACCGCCGUCGUGGACGAUGCUAACCGCAAGCGCCCGUAUUCGAGCAUAUCCAACGAGUUUAGCACACCAGCCCCCCAACGCCAAGCGCCAUGGGGAUCAGAACCGCGAUCAUUACCCCCAGGAUCGUCUCACUCGGACACAUACUACCACAACUCCUCCCUGGCACCCCAGCCCUCUGCUGUGCAUGACACACCCUCGAAACCUACGACGGAUGAUGUGGGCGACAUCCCGAUGGAGGAGAGCGAGCACGUACCCAACAUUGACGAGGGCGUGCUCAACGACUUUCUCAACUCGGUCCAGCCCCUCUACCCCAUCCUCGCCACGACAAAGACGCGCCAGCAAGCGCUGCUGGCGCAGUGCCCGCUGUCCGUACGGACGGCGUUUGAGAUUGCGCUGCUCGCUGUCGGCCAGAGCACGGCAGGCGAUGUUCAGCAGGCCAGCGCGCUGCUGCACGACUGGGAGAGCAGUGAGGUGCCGCGCCACCGCACGACGGACAUUGUGCACGCGCAGACGCUGCUGCUGCUCAUCAUUGACGCCGACUGGCGCUCCGUGUCGACGCUGCCGUUUUUGCUGUCGCGCGCCGUCGGGCUGGCGAACAGCAUGAAGCUCUGGAAGCUGCCGGCCGUGGAUCCCGCGGCCGAGCCGGAUUCUGACGAUGCCCUCUGCACGCGAAUCUGGUGGUCGCUCAUUGGCAUGGACAGGUGGUACGCUGCAGGCACGGGUAAGCCGGCCCAGAUUCCGGACAACAGCGUCGUGGCCCCCGCAGGGCUGAAUUCAGUCCUCGGGGAAACCUGCUACUACUUUACCCGGCUGUCUAAGCUGCUCAACAGGAUAUCCUUUGUCAUCUCCAACCUCCCCGCCGGCGUCGCCACGGCGGACGUGCCCAUGGCAGCCAUACUGGGCGACUACAUUGAAAACUACCGCGAGGAUCUCCCCGCGCACAUGGACGCGGCCGCGAACCCGCUGAUCCACCUCGCCUACUGGCACUGCAAGCUGCUCGUGACGCUCCUCACGCCCGGCUCGACGGCCACGGAGACGCUCUGGCCGACCAAGGAGGUGACGCAGCUGCUGCUGGCGACACCGCACCUGCGCAGCCCGCUCGUCAACCACUACGUCUCGCUGGCCGCCAUGUCCAUCACCACGCUGUCCAAGUCGGAGCGCACGCGCGACGAGGCCCUCGCGCUGGCCCGCGACGUCGUCGACGGCGGCGGCGACCACUGGGCCGGCGUGCGCGACCGCCUCGCAGAGGUCAUGCGGCCGACGUCCUCCUCGGCGGCGGCCGACGCGGCGGCUGCCAGCCAGGGCCUGCAGCACCUGGCCGACCUCGCGACGGCGCACGAGGGCAUCGCCUCCGCAGAGGGCGAAGCCGCUGCGGCGGCGGCGGCGGCAGCGGCGGCAGCAGCGGCCUCUCUUGCCACGGGCUACCUUGAAGUUGCUUAG